UCCCAGCACACACUCGGACAGAGCAGGCUCCUCCAGUUCCAGGAUGCCUGCCCCUGCCUCAUGGACCCACCAGUCUCCUUGCCUGCUGCUGGCUUUACUGCUGGGACUCACAGCAGGAGCAGCCGGCGAGGAGGAGCUGCAGGUGAUCCAGCCUGACAAGUCCAUGUCAGUGGAAGCCGGAGAGACGGCCACUCUGCGCUGCACCCUGACCUCCCUGCUCCCUGUGGGGCCUGUUAAGUGGUUCAGGGGGUCAGGGCCAGGCAGGCAGUUAGUCUACAGUCUGCAAGGAAGAGAAGGCCCCUUCCCCCGAGUAACCAGUGUCUCAGAUGUCACAAUCAGAGACAACAAGGACUUUUCCAUCCGCAUCAGUAACAUCACCCCAGCAGACACUGGGGCCUACUACUGUGUGAAGUUCCAGAAAGGGAGCCCUGACACAGAAGUGAAGUCGGGACCAGGCACGCAGGUCACCGUGAGUGCAGGAGCAGCCGGCGAGGAGGAGCUGCAGGUGAUCCAGCCUGACAAGUCCGUGUUGGUGGCAGCCGGAGAGACGGUCACUCUGCGCUGCUCCCUGACCUCCCUGCUCCCUGUGGGGACAGUCAGGUGGUUCAGGGGGUCGGGACCAGGCCGGCAGUUAGUCUACAGUUUCAGAGGAGGAGCAAAAGACGAAGGCCCCUUCCCCCGAGUAACCAGUGUCUCAGAUGUCACAAUCAGAGACAACAAGGACUUUUCCAUUCGCAUCAGUAACAUCACCCCAGCAGACACUGGGGCCUACUACUGUGUGAAGUUCCAGAAAGGGAGCCCUGACACAGAGCUUAAGUCGGGACCAGGCACGCAGGUCACCGUGAGUGCAGGAGCAGCCGGCGAGGAGGAGCUGCAGGUGAUCCAGCCUGACAAGUCCGUGUCGGUGGCAGCCGGAGAGACGGCCACUCUGCGCUGCUCCCUGACCUCCCUGCUCCCUGUGGGGCAUGUUAAGUGGUUCAGGGGGUCGGGUCCAGGCCGGCAGUUAGUGUAUAGUUUCAAAGGAGCAAAAGACGAAGGCCCCUUCCCCCGAGUAAUCAUUGUCUCAGAUGCCACAAUCAGAGACAACAAGGACUUUUCCAUCCGCAUCAGUAGCAUGACCACAGCAGACACUGGGGCCUACUACUGUGUGAAGUUCCAGAGAGGGAGCCCUGACACAGAACUGAAGUCGGGACCAGGCACGCAGGUCACCGUGAGUGCCAAACCUUCUCGCCCUGUGGUAUCGGGACCCACAGAGAGGGCCACCCCUGGGCAGAUGGUGACCUUCACCUGCCAGUCCCAUGGCUUCUCCCCCAGAGACAUCAGCCUGAAGUGGUUCAAAAAUAGGAAAGAGCUGCCAGCCUCCCGGCCCAACGUGGACCCCCCAGGAGAGGCCGGUUCCUACAACGUCUCCAGCACAGCCAAGUUACAGCUGGCGCCAGGGGACGUCCCCUCCCAGGUCAUCUGCCAGGUGUCCCACGUCACCCUGCAGGGCGGCCGUCUUCGCGGGACAGCCAACUUGUCUGAGACCAUCCGAGUUCCGCCCACCUUGGAGGUUUCCCAGCAUCCCGCGGCAGGGAACCAGGUGAUUGUCACCUGCCAGGUGAAGGAGUUCUACCCCCGGAACCUACAGCUGACCUGGUUGGAGAACGGAAACAAAUCCCGAACAGAAAAGCCCUCGACUCUCCUGGAGAACAAGGAUGGGACCUUCACCUACAGGAGUUGGCUCCUGGUGAACGCUUCUGCCCACAGGGGGAAUGUAGUGCUCACCUGCCAGGUGGAACAUGACGGGCAGCCCGCGGUCUCCAAACCCCACACCCUGGCAGCCUCUGCUCACCAGGACAAGCAGGACACAGAGGUAUCUUCAGGCAAAGAGCAGUGGAUGCCUCUCCUCAUCACUCUCCUCCUGGGCUCCAAGGUGUUGCUACUGGUGGGUGUCUCUGCCUCCUACAUGCACAGGAAGCAGAGGCCUAACUCUUCUUCCCUCCUCCCUGCUGCCUGCACCUCCAGCUCUGCAGCCUCCUCCCUUCCUGAAGGACCCCCCUAGAGGAGGAGGAACAAGAGCCUCCACAGAAUCUGCUCCCCAGGCCUCUCCCCCAGAGACCUGCUGCCCCCACCCCCACUGUUUCUUCUCACAGGCUGACCCCAGAGCUGGCUUCAUCCAGGGGCCUCUCAGGAAAGCACACCCGCAGAAUUCCCAGUCAGCAGCUUCGGUUCUCAUCACAUGACCAAAAUGCAGUCGGAUGGGAACAAGGGGCUGCUGGGAGUGAGACCCAGAAAGGGACUAUGCUAGUCACUGCAUCAGAGCUGGUUCCACUAUCAUCUGCCACAAGCCAGGGAAGAAAACGGAAACUAGGGCAGGUGGUACAAUUUGCUCUGAUGAGAAAACCACGGUACAAUUGGCUUUGACUCAAUAGCAAGCAUGUCUUUAUCUCAUCCCAUGUAGCCCUUUAAGGACAUUAUAUAACUGAGGUGUGAUAAUUUAAGUAAGUUGAGAAUUCCUGAAGUGACAUUUCAACUAGGAGCAGGUUCAACAGGGGCCCUCUGUGUGGCUGAUCCACCCGUGACUGAGGACGCAUCCAAUGCAUUCGUAAAAAGAAGCCAUCUGGAUAAAGGUGAACAUUCAGAGAAAAGAAAGACUCCAUGUAACAUCCUCACUCACACGACAGCGGACUCUCACACGAAGUGAGCCCCACGCUAGCAGAGGGAGGGGCUGACAGGCAUCAAGCAGAAAUACUGAAAUGGGGAUUCUAGAGACAUUUUCAAAAUCUGUGACAAGUCUGUUCUUUAAAAGAUAAAAAUAAUAAUUAAUGAAAACCUUUAACUAGACUCAACAAGAAAUAGGAGAAGGACUCAAGUAAUUACAAUAUAAAUGGAAGAGGAGAAAUUACAACAGGAACCACAGAAACACAGAGGCACAUGGAGACUGUGCCUACACAUACCAGCUUCACAUAACACAGAUUGGACAACCAAGAUGAAAGAGAUAUAUUCCUGCAAGCACACAGCCUAUCUUCACUGAACUCUCAAGAAGUUUUCAUAGAUAUGUACUGAGAUCACAGGUUGAAUACACAUUAUUCUAUUC